UUUGAGUUCCACACAAUCAGUUCACUGCUGCGCAUCUCCCCGGCCGAAAUACGCACAAAUAACGCUUUUUUUUCUUUUGUGCAGUCACACGCUUAUCACAGUUCAAGUUUUUUUUCUGGAGGUGUGGUGGUAUAGAAGAAUUUGCAAAAUCAUGUCGAUUCGCAACUUGGCUGGUAAGCUUCUUGGUAGAGGAUUUCCGGCAGGGAAACCACUGCUGUUCGGAGCUAGCUCGAGGUCACUCUCCCACUAUCCAAUCGAUGAGACAGUUUUCGGUUUAACCGAGGAACAGCAACAGUUGCGUCAAACUGUGUUCAAUUUCGCUCAGAAGGAGUUAGCCCCAUUCGCACAGGAAAUCGACAAGCAAAAUGAGUUCAAAGACCUGCGAAACUUCUGGAAAAAGAUGGGCAACCUUGGCCUGUUAGGACCAACUGCUAAAGCUGAGUACGGUGGACUCGGGGGAACCUAUCUGGACCAUUGCAUCAUCAACGAAGAGAUUUCUCGCGCCUCGGGUGCUAUUUCGUUGUCAUAUGGAGCGCAUUCGAACCUGUGCGUGAAUCAGAUUCAUCGGAAUGGAACCGAAGAGCAGAAGCAAGCGUAUCUUCCGAAACUGAUUAACGGCGAACAUAUCGGGGCCCUUGCCAUGUCUGAAUCCGGAUCGGGAAGCGAUGUUGUUUCGAUGAAAACCAGAGCCGAGAAGAAAGGAGAUUAUUAUGUACUCAACGGAAGCAAAUUUUGGAUCACUAAUGGUCCAGAUGCGGACACGUACAUAAUCUACGCGAAAACUGAUUUGAACGCUAAACCGCAACAUGGAAUCACGGCGUUCAUUGUUGAGCGGGAAUCGCCUGGCUUCUCGAGGGGUCCAAAGCUCGAUAAGCUGGGCAUUCGAGGCAGCGGAACUUGUGAGUUGAUUUUCGAGGACGUGAAAGUCGCCGAAAAGAAUGUCCUUGGUCCAGUGAACAAAGGAGUUUACGUGCUGAUGUCAGGACUAGAUUACGAGCGACUGGUUCUUGCCGCGGCACCUGUAGGCUUGAUGCAAGCUGCAUGCGACGUCGCAUUUGAUUACGCCCAUAAUCGCAAACAAUUCAACACCAGAAUUGGCGAAUUUCAGCUUCUGCAAGGUAAAAUGGCAGAUAUGUACACCACAAUGAACGCAUGCCGUGCCUAUCUCUACUCGGUGGCAAGGUCUUGCGACAUGGGAAAGGCGAACCCGAAGGAUUGCGCCGGUGUCAUUCUGUACUGCGCUGAGAAAGCGACUCAGGUGGCUUUGGAUGCCAUACAGAUUCUCGGAGGAAAUGGAUACAUCAAUGAUUACCCUACGGGUAGGAUUAUGCGGGAUGCUAAAUUAUACGAGAUCGGUGCUGGAACAUCUGAAAUUCGCCGUAUGAUUAUUGGACGGGCCCUUAAUAAUGAAUACAAAUGAAGUAAAAUCUGGUGAUUCCAAAACAACGACGAACAGGUGAUAACACUGCAUGAAGCGGACUGUAACAAAUGUGCAUUUAUGAGACGUGCCUUUAGUUGUAAGAAUACAGUUUGUAUCUAAUACAACUUGCAUUUUCGAAAGUUUAUACUAAAUAUUUGUUUCUUGUUAUUUACCGCACGGAACUGACAGUAAAAAAACAUUGAAUAAAUUGUUUUUUCUACUUAUUUCUA